CUUGAAGUCAUCGCUCCGCCCAGAAUUUCCCGUUGCUUGUGGUUCAUCGACAGGACCAUUACCUCCACGACCAUUAUCAGACAGACAGCCAGCUACUGCCUGUUAGCGGUAGCUACAGCUUGCAUUUAUAGGCAGUCAACCAGGCGGGCGGCAAUAUUUGCAAGAGGUUUGGCAUUAUUCAGUCACAACUCCAGCCGAGCGACCAUGCCUCUGGAUCAUUCGUUGAAAUAGAGUUUCCAUUUUGUUUCGAACAGCUCAACACUAACCAUUACCUAACCCAUUUUUAAGGAUUCUGUUGGCUACAACUUUGCAGGAGACGAGUGGCAAAUUUUCUAAAACGAACGACCCAGUUUAGAUCCCACACUGCACUCGUGUUUAGACCAAUCAGUCCUAGAGCCUGGAGUAGAGGGCUAUAAAUUUGAGGUGGUUGCCGUAGAGACGUCGGCCACUGGAGAGUUGAACGCAAGAGCCCCUGUAUGGGAGGUAAUAUAUUAGCAAGGAAAAUGUGUGAUGAGCUCUAAGUUGCAGCAAAGCUUACUCCGGACAGUUUCCCGCUUCACGGCCUUUGGACAACACAAUGUCUGAUGUGAAAGUCUGUCCCACCGUGAGUCGAAAUCCCCCUCCACCAGAGGUCGUAAAUCCCAAGAAGCCUGGACGUGUAACCAAUCAGCUACACUAUCUGGACAAGGUGGUCAUCAAAGCUUUAUGGCGGCAUCAGUAUUCAUGGCCUUUUCGCCAACCAGUUGAUGCAGUGACGCUGUGUCUCCCAGAUUAUUACACAAUUAUUAAAAACCCUAUGGAUCUCGGCACUAUCAAGAUGCGCCUUCAAAACAGAUACUACUGGCAAGCCCGAGACUGCAUACAAGACUUCAACAAUAUGUUCACCAAUUGCUAUGUGUACAAUCGGCCUGGAGAUGACAUUGUUUUUAUGGCGCAGACCCUGGAAAAGAUUUUUUUGCAAAAAUUGGCCCAAAUGCCCAAGGAAGAGUUAGUUACAGCAAUCACUGGAAAGGAACCAGUGAAAGGGGGAAAGACAAAUACAGGUGCAAUAAAGCAUCAACCUCUCAUGUCAGAAGUUGUUGUCCAGCAGACGGUGACAGUCAUUCCUCCCGAUGUGCCUGAGUUGAAGCCAUCCACCCAACUCUCUGCACAAACUGAUGCAACAAUUAAAAAAGCUGUUAAGAGGAAAGCACACUCUGCAGCCUUGACCACCUCAGCAAUCACCAGCAGUGAGAUGUCCCCUGUUAAGGAACAUUCAGCACCUAGCACACUGUUCUCACGGAGAGGCAGUGGAAGGCCCAUCAAACCCCCCAAGAAAGACAUACCUGGUGUAGAGUUCAAGAAGGUCAGACUGUCUGAGCAACUCAGGUGCUGCAAUGAUAUCUUGAAGGAGAUGUUCUCAAAGAGGCACUACGCAUAUGCGUGGCCCUUCUAUACACCAGUUGAUGCAAUGGCUUUGGGCUUGCAUGACUACCAUGACAUCAUCAAGCAGCCUAUGGACCUAAGCACCAUCAAGAAAAAAAUGGACCAGCGAGAGUAUGGGAGUGCAAAAGAAUUUGCUGCUGAUGUCCGUCUGAUGUUCUCCAACUGUUACAAAUACAAUCCACCUUCUCAUGAGGUGGUUUACAUGGCAAGAAAACUUCAGCAGGAUGUUUUUGAGGCCCGUUAUCUGAAGGUCCCUCAAGAACCUGAAGGUUGCUCCAUGUAUUGCCAUCCAGUGGACAAGGGAAAAGGAAAGCGUUUUGGAAGUCUGUCAACCUCCACAAGUUCUGAAAGUGAGAGCUCCUCAGAGGCAGACAGUUCAUCAGAAGAAGUGGCCAUGCAGCUGGCCCAGCUAGAGGAGCGGCUGAAAGCUGUCAGUGAUCAGCUGAAGAAACUUACCCAAGAGCCUUUGAUGAAACCAAAGAAGAAGGAGAAGCUGAAAAAAGAAAAAAGAUUAAAAGAAAGACGUAUUGCUCAACUUAAGUACAAAUCCUCAAAAUGCAUGCCUGUUGAAGAAAAAAACACAAGCGACCAGACCUCUUCCUUGCAUGGCAGUAAAUAUCACAACCAUGGAGCUCAUGUAAAUUGUGAGGAUGAGGUCCUAGCCACACCAAUGACGUACCAGGAGAUGAAGCAGUUGAAAUCAGACAUCGACAUGCUGCCUGGCGACAAACUGGGAAAGUUGGUCAACAUCAUUCACGCCAGGGAGUCUUGUCUGCGGGAUUCUACUCUUGAGGAGAUUGAAGUAGACUUUGAAAUGCUCAAGCCUUCCACACUGAGAACCCUUCAGAGGUUUGUUGCAGCGUGUCUGAGGAAAUGCAACAAGAACGUAAGCAAGAAAAAACUGAUGAAGCCUACGGGAGGAAUGCAGACUGGGAAACUGGAUGGUGCAAAAUCUCAGGUUGUCAGCAAAGAAUCGCUGCUAAUUAAGAAAAAGAAGCCACUAGGUAAAGUCAUGGCCUCUCCUGACCUCAGCUGCCCUUCGCGCCUCAGCGACAGCAGCAUCAGCUCAUCAGUCAGCUCCUGCAGCAGCGGCGGCAGCGGCAGUAGUAGCGACUCUAGCACUUCUGAUAGCAGUGACUCUGAAUCAGUGCGAAAAGCAAAGCAGCAGAAGUCUAAAGAUCCUUCCCGAAGGUUUAACAAAAAGGUGACGUGCACUGCCAGUAGUAAGCAGACAUCAGUGGGAAAAGAUGUGACAAAAGCCUCAGUCAAGAAUUGUCAGCCUGUUCCUCCUGGGCAUUCCUUGGUAGCAGAAAGUAAAGGCUACCCAACACACCGCAAUGGAGGCCGGGUUUGUGAUGAGCUCACCUUAUCACCUCCAGAUUUGUCUGCCCUUUUAUCUCCCAUGGCGUCCCCUGGAGGUGUGCUGGACUGGGCUGUCGCCAGAUUUGAGCAGGGUGCAGUGCUGUCCCCUCUUAGAGACAGCCCGCUGACGUGCAAAGAUGAGACGGGGUCCAAUUUCAGAUACCUUCAGGACGCCCCCGAUAGUCAAGUGACUGAUCUGUCUUCCACCAACACUGAGAGUAAAACUGUUGAAGAGGACAAAACGCAGCUGCCCAAAAAGGACAUUGUGCUAAAAAAUGCUGAGUCUUGGGCGAGACUAGUGAGGCAGUCAAUCAUCCCGUGUGCAAUCAAGUCCUCCAAAGAGAGCUUUGAGCAGUUUCGUAAGGCUGCCUUGGAGAAGGAAGAGCGUGAAAAAGCUCUGAAGAAGAAACCAGCGGAUGAAAACAAGGAGGAGAAGGCUCCUGAGAAGAGCAGUCUCCCAGGCCCAUGUAAAACAGAGCAAAACCCGAAGCCCGUUAAAGACGAUUCUGACUUGACUGAGAACAUUUGCACAGAGGCUCCCUCGGAUGCUCCCGAACAUGCUGAGCAGCAACAGUCUCCCAAGGAGGCGCAACCUUCGACUACGCAGUCCGCUGUGGAUAGGGAACGAGAGAUGGCCCGCAAAAAAGAGCAGGAACGUCGCAGGCGAGAAGCCAUGUCUGGCAUUGACAUGACUAUGCAACGGGACAUCAUGACUACAUUUGAGCUAAACCUGGACUAAAAGUCAGCUGAGAUUCAUCUGAAUUGAUUGACGUCUUGAUGAGUAACCAGAGCUGUUGAUCCUUUCUAUUGGCACAGAAGAUGUGUAUGUUCUUGAGAGUAAAAAUAAAAUCAGUGUUAAAUUGUGGAGCAAAGGAAACUAAUCCAUUAAAUAUGGGCGAGGCCAUUAAUUUGCGUAUGAUAAAUGUCUGCACUAAUGCACUCUUGAAUUUGGCGUUUUUGGGGGUGAAGCACUGUCAUAAAAAGCAAACUUGAAUCUAACAUUUUCUGCAUGUUUUUUUUUUUUUUUUGUAGUUUUCACAUUUGGAUGAGUUGUUGUCCUACAGUUAAAAGUUAAUGUAUGACAAGCUAAUUCAUGCACCCAUCCACUGUAGUUACGAUGCCACAUUGUGUUGUUUACUUGAAUAUGCAGUGUUGUUGAGUUGUCUUUACCACCAUGUUUCAGUUAAUCCCGACUCUAAAAUACACCAAAUGUACACAGAACGCAGGUUUGUAUGUAUUACAUGUCUUUAGAAAAACCUUUUCCAUAACGGAAACAUAUAUUUUGAUAGGUAGGUAGGUAGGUAAGUAGGUUCUCUCCAAGGUUUCCAGGGUGGAAUUGACUUAAUCUCAGUUCCUUAUUUGCGUUGCUACUUGAAGACACUGUACAACGUUGUUAUCUGUACACGCACUGCACUUUGUUGUUCAUACAGUUGUGGCUGUUCCAAAGUUGAAUUUGGGCAUUAUCAGCGUAUUCUGUAUGUUACAUUUUGUAAAUGUUAAAAAAAAUAAGAAUUCCUUUCUUUGUUUUUUUUUUCUUUUCUUUUUUUUUUUUUACUCCAAUAAAUAAACAAAAGUAAUUUUCA